CGUGCCAUGCAGUGGUGCUGUGUCUGUGACGGAUGUGUGUCAUGCUUGUGCCAUGUGUGAUGUGUGUAUGUCAUGUGUGUGGGUGGAAUGUGCCAUGUGUGUGGAUGGUGUGUGCUGUGUGUUUCAGUAUUUUCCACAGCCUGUGGGAGUGAAGAUGGGGCUGGACCGCCACACCUCAACUCUCCCCAGACUCCCCCCACCCCACCCCCCGAAACCUCCCUCUGUUUGCCUCAGGAAAUCCUUGUGGUUAAUGAGUCCCAGAAAAGUAAGUGGAGUGAACGCGAAGGUGCUAAAGAAAGGGGGCCCAGGAACUCCAUCUGAGCACCCCUGACACCACCCUCAAACUGGGGAGUGCAGAGUGCCAGCGACAAAGUGGCAACACCCCCCAGUGACCCUGAGAAUGACACCGCCUCUUCUGCUCACCCACCACUCCUGCCUGUCCCACAGGGUAGCUCUGGGGGAGGGUGGCUGAUAGGGCGGAGUCUCUGGGGGAAUAAAUAAGCCACCGCCCCCAUGCCUGGGCCCACUCCUCGCCCAGAGAUGGCCCUGCUCUCGCUGCUGCUGCUGCUCCCGCUCACCUCGGAGCCUGCUGAGGCCACGCUGAUCCGGAUCCCUCUUCGUCGUGUCCACACUGGACAUGGGAGCCUGUACCGCCUGAGGGGCUGGGAGCCACCAGCAGUGCCGCCCAGGUCGAGGACCCCUGCCCCCGGAGACAAGCCCAUCUUCGUGCCUCUGUCCAACUAUGUGAACGCCCAGUAUUUUGGAGAGAUUGGCCUGGGGACACCCCCACAAAACUUCUCUGUUGUUUUCGACACCGGCUCCUCCAAUCUCUGGGUCCCAUCCAAGAAAUGCUACUUCUUGAGCCUUCCUUGCUGGGUGCAUCAUCGCUUCAACUCCAAAGCUUCCAGCUCCUUCCGACCCAAUGGCACCAAGUUCGCCAUUCAGUACGGAACCGGUAGGCUGGACGGAAUCCUGAGCGAGGACAAGCUGACUAUUGGAGGUAUUGAGGGCGCAUCGGUGAUGUUCGGGGAGGCUCUGUGGCAGCCCAGCCUGGUCUUCACUUUGGCCCACUUCGAUGGGAUAUUGGGGCUCGGGUUUCCUAUUCUGGCGGUGGAAGGAGUUCGGCCCCCGCUGGAUGCAAUGGUGGACCAGGGGCUACUGGACAAGCCUGUCUUCUCUUUCUACCUCAACAGAGACCCUAAAGCAGCGGAUGGAGGAGAGCUAGUUCUGGGGGGAUCUGACCCAAGCCACUACAUUCCCCCUCUCACCUUCCUGCCAGUCACCAUCCCUGCCUACUGGCAGGUUCACAUGGAGCGGGUGAUGCUGGGCAUAGGUCUGACUGUUUGUGCCAAGGGCUGUGCUGCCAUCCUGGACACGGGCACUUCUCUCAUCACGGGACCCACUGAGGAGAUUCGGGCCCUGAAUGAGGCCAUUGGGGGCUUUCCCCUGAUAGGUGGGCAGUACGUCAUCCAGUGCGCCAGUGUCCCAGCGCUCCCUCCAGCCUCCUUCCUCCUGGGCGGGGUGUGGUUCAACCUCACGGCGGAGGACUACGUCAUCCAGAUCACACGGGGCGGUGUCACCCUCUGCCUGUCCGGCUUCCAGGCUCUGGACUUGCCGCCACCAGCAGGGCCCCUUUGGAUCCUUGGUGAUGUCUUCUUGGGCACCUACGUAGCCGUCUUCGACCGCGGGAACGAGAAAAACGGGGCCAGGGUGGGACUGGCGCGCGCUCGUCCCCGCGGGGUCGGGGGGCAGCAGGGUGGCCCGGCGCAGCUGCGUUUCUCGGGUGGGCGCUCCACUUAGGCGCCUGCACGACGGGUGACAGCCGGGGUCCCGCCACACACUACAAAUACACUUAUAUUCCCUUCCCGGACCUACCCAGGUCGCUUCUGUUUAUUUGCCUGGAGUCACACCCUGCAGUGCUCGGAGGAGUGGUGGUGGUGGGGGGAGGGGGGUCGCUCCCCAAGACGUUUCCAGGACCGAACAGGUUCCUGCUAUCGAAUCAGCCUCCCAGCCGCCAGCGCCCCCUCCCCCGCCCAAUCCGGCAUGCACAGCAUGUUUAGUAUCCCUCUAAGCGAUCUCACCCGCCAG